AUGGAGUCCAUCAACAUAAUCAAAGGCUACAACAAAGUAAACCCCUCCGAAGAUCAAAUUCAAAUCUCUCACCACCCCCCAAAAGCGUCGCACCGCCGUAGCCAUCUCUCUCAUCAUCCUAUUAACCGUCAUUAUCGGUGCAAUGGCCGGUGUUUUAAUCCACAAAACCAUCACCGAACCACCAGAGAAAGCAUUAUCAUCGUUAUCGUCAUCGUCAUCACUUUCUGCCAACUCGGCCGACUCACUCAAAACCAUCUGUUACGUGACUCAAUACCCAAACUCAUGCUUGACCUCCGUGUCAUCCCUGAUCGCCACAGGGGUGGCUCAACAAGAUUUGAGGGCCGGCCCUGGAUCACCACAAACCCCACAUUCAAAACCGACCCGGAGUUUGUUUUCAACCUAUCUAUCCAAGUCGCCGUCAAAGAACUCACUAACCUCACUUCGCUGCCCAAAACUCUCCUCUCCAAAUCCAACGACCCUUCAACUGAGUCAGCGUUGAAGGACUGCAUGAGUUUGUUUGAUGAUGCACUGAGUCAACUCAACAAGUCGGUGGCGUUAAUGGACGUGAACCCAGUUGAGUGGGUCUUGACAGAGGCAAAGAUUGGUGACCUGAACACGUGGAUAAGCAGUGCGAUGAGUGAUGAAGAGACGUGCUUGGAUGGGUUGGAGGAGAUGGGAUCCACGAUGGUUGAUGAGGUGAGGACGAAGGUGCAGACAUCGAAGGAAUACAUGAGCAACAGCUUAGCCAUUCUCGUUAAUAUUCAAAGUCUUCUAGACAAGUUUGAUCUCAGGCUGCACUGA